CGGCGUGCUUCAGGCCCGCCAAAUGGGAGGGGGAGAAGCAAGAUGGCGGCAGCCGCGAACUCCGGCUCCAGCCUCCCGCUGUUUGACUGCCCGACCUGGGCAGGUAAACCCCCUCCUGGUUUACAUCUGGAUGUAGUCAAAGGAGACAAGCUAAUUGAGAAACUGAUUAUUGAUGAGAAGAAGUAUUACUUAUUUGGGAGAAACCCUGAUUUGUGUGACUUUACCAUUGACCACCAGUCUUGCUCUCGGGUCCACGCUGCCUUGGUCUACCACAAGCAUCUGAAGAGAGUUUUCCUAAUAGAUCUCAACAGUACACACGGCACUUUCUUGGGUCACAUUCGGUUGGAGCCUCACAAGCCUCAGCAAAUUCCCAUCGACUCCACGGUCUCAUUUGGUGCAUCCACAAGGGCAUACACUCUGCGUGAGAAGCCUCAGACAUUGCCAUCAGCUGUGAAAGGAGAUGAGAAGAUGGGUGGAGAGGAUGAUGAACUCAAGGGCUUACUGGGGCUUCCAGAGGAGGAAACAGAGCUUGAUAACCUGACGGAGUUCAACACUGCCCACAACAAGCGGAUUUCCACUCUCACCAUUGAAGAGGGGAAUCUGGACAUUCAGAGACCAAAGAGGAAGAGGAAGAACUCACGGGUGACCUUUAGUGAGGAUGAUGAGAUCAUCAACCCAGAGGAUGUGGAUCCCUCAGUUGGUCGCUUCCGGAACAUGGUGCAGACUGCAGUGGUCCCAGUCAAGAAGAAGCGGGUGGAGGGCCCUGGCUCCCUGGGCCUGGAGGAAUCAGGGAACAGGCGCAUGCAGAACUUUGCAUUCAGUGGAGGACUCUAUGGGGGCCUGCCCCCCACGCACAGUGAAGCCGGCUCCCAGCCGCAUGGCAUCCACGGGACAGCACUCAUCGGUGGCUUGCCCAUGCCAUACCCGAACCUCGCUCCUGACGUGGACUUGACUCCCGUCGUGCCGUCAGCAGUGACCAUGAACCCUGCACCAAACCCUGCCGUCUAUAACCCUGAAGCUGUCAACGAACCCAAGAAGAAAAAAUAUGCAAAAGAGGCUUGGCCGGGCAAGAAGCCCACACCUUCCUUACUGAUUUGAUAUUUUUGGUACCACAUCUUCCUCCUGUUUCUCUGUUCCACGUUGCACUACAACUUCAGGAAAGAAUUGUCUCAUCUGUGUCUUCGCUCUCCUCCACUCGCCUGUGAAUCGACUUCAGUCAGGUUUUUGUCCUAACACUCCAUCAAAACUGUGCCUGCUGAUGACUCCACUCAGUCGUGUUCACUGCUCUGCUCAGAACGCUCCAGAGGCCCCUCAUUUCCUCCGGCCUGAGAGCCAGUCUCUUCACUGCUCUGCACCCCCUCCCAUUGCUUCUCUUGUCCUCCUACCUCUCUCCCCCUUGCUCAUUCUGCUGCAGCCACCACAGGGUCUGGCUGGCCCUUCAGCCCUCAAGGCACACUCCCACCCUGCCCCCGUGGCUGGAACUCUUCUCCCAGAUAGCUGCCUCCUUCACUGCCUUCAAGUUGAAUAAGAGGAAGGCAGGCCCUGACCUCCAGAGGCUGGCCUGGCUCACACAGCUGGGCCUUGGUGCUCUCCUGCUGAACAUAUACAGUUUCACAGAACAUCAGUGUUAGACAAGGCCACUCUGUGACCACGAUGGAUCAAGACAAACAGGACCACUCUGUAAUGAUGUCUGAACACAGACAAAAACGUGAACAUUGUCCAAACCACGAAAAGGAAUAAUUACCUUAAAUGUCAAUGGACUGAAUGCUCCAAUCAAAAGACACAGAGUGGCAGACGGGAUAAAAAAACAAGAGCUUACGCUAUGCUUCCUACAAGAGACCCACCUUAGGGCAAAGGACACACAUAGAUUGAAAGUGAGGCAAUGGAAAAAGAUAUUUCAUGCAAAUGGAAAUGAAAAGAAAUCAGGAGUUGCAAUACUCAUAUCAGACAAAAUAGACUUUAAAGCAAAGUCUAUAAAGAAGGACACUAUGUAAUGAAAAAAGGAUCAAUACAAGAAGAGGAUUAUAUACUCAUCAACAUAUAUGAACGUAAUUUAGAAGCACCCAAGUGCAUAAAACAAAUACUAACAGACAUAAAGGUAGAAAUUGAUGGGAAUUCAAUAAUAGUAGGAGACUUUAACACCCCACUUACAUCAAUGAAGAGAUCUUCUAGACAGAAAUCAACAAGGCAACAGCGAUCCUAAAUCAUACAAUAGAACAGUUAGACUUAAUUGAUAUUUUCAGGACAUUACAUCCAAACCACAAAAAGGACCAGCCAUCCCUGUACCGGGUUGACUUGUGGCCCCAAAAGAUACGUCCACCCGGAACCUCAGAAUGUGACCUUAUUUGGAAUAAGAGUCUUUGCAGAUGUAUUUAAGGUAAGCAUCUUGAGAUGCGAUCAUCCUGGAUAAGAGUGGGCCCUAGAUCCAGUGAUGAAUGUCCUUGUAAGAGACAGAAAAGGAGAAGACACAGAGACACAGAGGGGAAGCUUGUGAAGAAGGUGGAAGAGACUGGAAUAACAUGUCUAUAAGCUCAGGAAUGCCAAGGGCUGCCAGCAGCUACGAGAAGCCAGGAGAGAGGCAUGGAAGAGAUGCUCCCUCAGAGCCUCCAAAAGGAACCAACCCUGCCAACACCUUGAUAUCCAACUUCCAGCCUCCAGAAUUGUGAGAAUAAAUUUCUGUUGUUAUAAGCCACCAAGUUUGUAGUAAUUUGUUAUGGCAAUCCCCCUAAUCCAGCUAAUAUGGGAGACUUGCUUUUUGCUAAUAACAGUGGUAACCUUGGUCUGGUCUUCCCUCCUUCUAGCUAAAGUUCAUUAAGAUCCCCAGUCAUGAAAGUAAGGGGAU